AUGGCAAGCAAAGGCCACAGCCUGGCGGAGAUACUGGAGGCGUUCAACUCUCCUUUGAAAUUCGACCAAGCCUGGGCGUUGAUUCAUGUCUACCUCAGUCAAGUACAAGAUGAUCCCUUGUGGCCGAUGUUCAACAAUUUGUCGGAAGUGUCGGUCCACCCGGACGGGGCGAUUUCGUCCUCUCACGAUCUCAAGCGAACUUCCAGUGAGACGGACUUUCUCGAGGCCUUUGGCAGGCUCAUUUACAACGCCCUCGACUACGGCUACGGCGAAGACGACGAGCCAGACCUGCCCGAGGAUCUGGAGAGAUUGAUUACCUUCAUGACCGGGACCGUUGACUCGGAUCCGGAAGAUGACGGAUACUCGGAAAAAACGAUGACGAUCAAGGCGGUACUCAAGCACUGUAGAAUCAGAGCCGGCUCAGGAUUCUCGGAGCAUUACACCAAAGUCGUGAAAGCAUUUUAUUUCGAAGCGCUCGAGCUGAUGGAAUUCCUUUCCAAAAUUUCCACCGCCAAUGAAUCACUGAAGAGUUUAAACGCUGACCCGAGUGAGAGCGAGAUUCAAGAGUUGGAAGCGAUGGGCCGAAAGCAUUGGUCGUCUGCAUGGGGUGAGGUAAUGCUGGAUCUUCGACACGGUGUUCCGCUCAAACACAUCCAGGAGAAUCAAGCACCAGCUCCAGCUCGCUUCGAAUUCACGCCGUAUGAAAUGCUCCUGUCCGACAUUCGCAAAAAAACCUACAAACUCAAGCACGUCGAAGCGCAAGAGACUGAAAACACGGCAAAGACGACGCACGACGUCAUUCUCGAUUUCAUCCGAUCUCGUCCUCCACUGGCUCCUGCUUCCAAACGCCAGCUGACGCCGAAGCCCAAAUCGACGAACACGCACGACAAUCUAAUGGAAGAAAUUCGAUCUGGCUCCGUGUUGAAAUCUGUCCCAAUGGAUUUGAGGCCCAAGCCAGAAGAGUCUGCCAUUGACAGCAUCAAGGACAUCAUCCGAUCUGAAUCUGUUGGCCGAAAAAAUGCAAAGAAAAGGUCAUAA